AUGCGGCAGCUUUCUUUUGCCAGGGAGAACCUGGCAAGCACAGCUCGGCUUUGGAGCCCACACCCGCAGCGACACAGCUUCCUGACAGCGUUGUUCCUUACCCAACGCUGUGGUCCCUGGCCUUUCCUAACUUAUUUCUUCUUUGACAAUCCAGCAUCAACAGAAGAGGUGCGGGCCCACCCGUUCACCGACGUGACCCUCGACUGCGAGUUCUCCUUCAUAGACAGCACAGAGAACCUUGAGUUUUACUGGGAAAGAGAAGACAUAGUAGAGGAAUACGACGCGGAGGACCGUGAGUUUUACCGAUUUUUCAGCUACUAUGAUUUCUUUCAAGUUUUCACAAAGGUGGUUUACCAGUUUUACGACAACGAAGAGCAACUCGAGGACCAAAAUGCCUUGUAUGAAGGAAGAGUCUCUGUGGAUCGGAGUGAGAUUUCCGAGGGCAUUCUGUCCCUUCUACUGCGAAACGUGGAUUUCUUGGACGAAGCCUUGUACAAGUGCAGCGCUGUCACCCCCAACGGGAGAGGCGAGAGCACAGUCAAGUUGAUCGUGGAAGAUUCUGAAAUGCCCCAGGUGAAGUUUGACAAGCUUGACGAUGAAGAUGUGGUUACUUGCACAUCCAAAGGCUGGUACCUCACACCCAACGUGACCUGGUUGGACCGGGGAGAGAGGGACCUGAGCAACCACAGUACGGUGGAGGUCCUGGAGGAGCAGAUGAACGGCCUGUACCGCGUGUACUCCGUCCUCAGAUACCCAGUCAAGUUAAAUGAAAAGUACGUCUGCCACAUCACGGAGACGGACACCAACAACCAGCCAAUCAGAUCCAUCCGGCGGUACCCCAAGAAAAGGUUCAAUGACUAUAACUACUAUUAAAAGAUUUGAAUGGAAGCUGGAGAGACGGCUCAGUGGUUAAGAGCACUGACUGCUCUCUAGAGGUCCUGGGUUCAAAUCCCAGCAAUCACAUGGUGACUCACAACCACAGCAAUGGGAUCUGAUGCCCUCUUCUGGUGUGUCUGAAGACAGCUACAGUGUACUCAUAUACAUAAAAUAAAUAAAUAAUUCCUUUAAAAAAA